AAUUUCAAUUUUUUUUUUACACGAUUCUUAAUUUUCUAGCCCCCCCCUUUCCCCCCCUUCCUUUGAAAAACCCGGAGAUUGUGUGCCACCCGAGGCAGGCUCCCCAUCGCGUUGUUUUGCCCGGCCAAGCGCGGCUGCAUCUGGUCUUGUUGCACUGCGGUUGGGAGCUGCUGAGCUCCGGCGCCCGAGGGCGGUCGCUGUCUUACGCUAUGAAAGCGGUGAGUCCCGUGCGGCACCCCAGCAGGAAGGCACUGGCCAGCGGCUGCUGUUGCGGCGGCGGCGGCGACGGAGGUGGCGGCGGCGGCGAUGAUCUGGCGCUGCGUUGCCUGGCCGAGCACGGCUGCUACAAGGGGAGCCCGGCGGCGGGCGAGGAGCCGGCGGCUCUGUGCCUGGAGUGCGAUAUGAAUGACUGUUACAGCCGCCUCAGGAAGCUGGUGCCCACCAUCCCGCCCAACAAGCGGGUCAGCAAAGUGGAGAUCCUGCAGCACGUCAUCGACUACAUCCUCGACCUGCAGCUGGCUUUGGAGACGCACCCGGCGCUGCUCCGGCAGCAGCAGCAGCAGCAAGCGCCCCCGCUGCACCCGACGAGCUACCCUGCAGGGCCUCCCCGGACCCCGCUCACAGCGCUCAACGCCGACCCGGCUGGCGCCGUUAAUAAGCAAGGGGACAGUAUUCUGUGCCGCUGAACUGCACUUCCAAGGUGUGCAGCAGGCAGAUCCUGAGCCAGAGAAGCAGAAAGAAAGACACAUUAGAGAGGGGUGGGGAAAGAAAUAUCGUCCGCUGGGCAAAAGGAAAUAUGAUAAUAACAAUAAUUCAACUACUCCAGAAUUCUUUCCAUACUUCCUUUAGAGCGAGAGAAAGAGGGAAUUUUUCACGACUUUGCACGUUCAUAGCAUUUUACACACAUCUCUUAACUCUUUUGUUUUAGAUCAGAUGUGAAUUGUACACUUGUCUGGGAGGGAGGGGAUUUAAAUCUUCAGCAUAAGUGUGGCGCUUCUGUUGGGAUAGAAGAUCAAGGGCAAAUUUGGAGUUUAGAAGUAUAACUUUAAUGCGCUGAGCAGCUGAAAUCUGAAGCUUUACUAAUCUACCAGAGGCAUUGUAGAUAACUUUUUGUUUUGACAUCUAU